AUGGUGCACUACGGAUGCACGAAGACCGCCCGUGGAGAGCUGGAGUGCUUCGCCGAGUUCAGUGAGAUUUCUGCUUUACUCGAGGGGACGUCACCCGGUGAGCGACAGACCCCGCGGAGAGUCGAGGCCACGACGAGGCUCUUCGAGGUCCUGGCGACUCUCGACUCGUUCCUGCUGAUGAUGGUCACGCUUCCGUUCUCCCUCUGCUUCGUGUUUAAGGUCGCCCAAGAGUACGAGAGGGCGGUCGUUUUCAGGACGGGUCGACUGCGCGGUGGUGCUCACGGUCCAGGCACGUUCUCCGUGAUCCCCUGCAUCGACAACUGCGUCCUCGUCGGCCUGAGGACGGUGUCCUUUGACGUGCCUCCUCAGGAGGUCCUCACCAAAGAUUCCGUCAACGUCAGCGUGGACGCCGUCGUUUAUUACCGCAUAAAGGGACCCCUGAAUACCGUCGUCAAAAUAGCCAAUUACAGCAACAACCGCACCAGACACCCACUCAACGAGACUACUCUAAGGACGGUUCUGGGGACCAGAAGCCUCGCCGAAAUUCUUGCCGAAAGGGAGACGAUCUCCCACAACAUGCAAACCUUCCUCAACGAGGCCACGGAUCCUUGAGGCGUGAAGGUGGAGCGCGUCGAGAUAAAGGACGUUCGACUUCCGGUGCAACUGCAGCGGGCCAUGGCCGCGGAAGCGGAAACCGCGAGGGAGGCCAGGGCCAAAGUGAUUGCGGCGGAAGGGGAGAACCUGGCCUCCCGGGCCCUCAAGGAAGCCAGCGACAUCAUUUCCACGAGCCCCGCCGCUCUUCAGUCGCGAUAUCUACAAUCUCCGAAUAACAUUUCGGCGGAGGAAAAUACGACAAAUUUCCCGCUUCCGGUAAAUUUGUCAAUGCCGUUUCUUCCUGCUGGACGUUCCACGAGUUACGACCACGUCUCAUUCAUUUGGCGAUCGACGUAG